GCGAGCAAAGUGUACCCCACGAUCGGACCCUAUUUUCGCCGCACAAAAGUUUUGGCAAUUCCCAGAGGAUCCCGCAGCGCCCCGAUUUCUUGCUGACCCCGACGACUCGAGGCACCGCGAAAAAGCUCACCAUUCUUCCCAAGAUACUUGCAUCUCAGGAAGCACAUCAAGAUGGCUGAGCAACUCAUCCUCAAGGGCACCCUGGAGGGCCACAAUGGCUGGGUCACCAGCUUGGCCACCUCGAUGGAGAACCCCAACAUGCUCCUGUCGGCCUCCCGCGACAAGACCCUGAUCAUCUGGAACCUCACCCGCGAUGAGACCCAGUACGGUUACCCCAAGCGGUCGCUCCACGGCCACUCUCACAUCGUCUCCGACUGCGUUAUCUCGUCGGAUGGCGCUUAUGCCCUCUCUGCCUCGUGGGAUAAGACUCUCCGUCUCUGGGAGCUCUCCUCCGGCACCACCACACGCCGUUUCGUCGGCCACACCAACGACGUCCUGUCCGUCUCUUUCUCCGCCGACAACCGCCAGAUCGUCUCCGGUUCCCGCGAUCGCUCCAUCAAGCUCUGGAACACCCUCGGUGACUGCAAGUUCACCAUCACCGACAAGGGCCACUCCGACUGGGUUUCCUGCGUUCGCUUCUCCCCCAACCCCCAGAACCCCGUGAUCGUCUCUGCCGGCUGGGACAAGCUCGUCAAGGUUUGGGAGCUCUCCAGCUGCAAGCUCCAGACCGACCACAUCGGCCACACCGGUUACAUCAACACCGUCACCAUCUCGCCCGAUGGAUCCCUCUGCGCUUCCGGUGGCAAGGACGGCACCACCAUGCUCUGGGAUCUCAACGAGAGCAAGCACCUCUACUCCCUCAACGCCAACGACGAGAUCCACGCCCUCGUCUUCUCCCCCAACCGCUACUGGCUCUGCGCUGCCACCUCCAGCAGCAUCAUCAUCUUCGACCUCGAGAAGAAGAGCAAGGUUGAUGAGCUCAAGCCCGACUUCGCCAACGUUGGCAAGAAGAGCCGCGAGCCCGAGUGCGUCUCCCUUGCGUGGAGCGCUGAUGGCCAGACUCUGUUCGCUGGCUACACGGACAACAUCAUCCGUGCUUGGGGUGUCAUGUCCCGCGCUUAAGUUGAAUGGAAUGGUUAAUGCUUGAGUGCCCGGGGAUCAGUCGGGGCCGGCUGAGGGGGAGGAAUGAGAGGUUGGUUUUAUGGGUGGUUUGCUAUAAAAUCGGCCGCGCUGCCGCGUGGGGAGAAAAUACCAGGAAGCGUCGCGAUAUAUCGAUGGGUUCCAACGGCUGGGAGGGGCGUACUUCGGAAUGCUUGUCUUCGCUUUGGGUUCUCUUUCAUGACACAG